AUCGUUUCCAAUCUCAGUCACAAAAGAAUCUAAACUAAAUGAACGGGACUGUGAUACUCCCAUGAAAGUUCAAACUUGAGACGUUCACUCACUUCUUUCUACAUUUCACCCAAGAAGUAAAAAAUGCUGAGAACUGCAAUAACUAGAGCAGGCGGUUUUCGCCAAUACCACAGCGUACCAGCUUCUAGAUUCAACAUUGAAGCUGGUCUGGGUGGUUUUAUGAGCCCAAAAACACUUCAAACGGUGUCACAGGACUGGCAAGAAGGUUUAUUGAAUAGAUUAAACGAUGUAGUCAGAGACACAGAACUCGAGAAUCUUUCCGUAGUACAGACUGUGAUAAACUCUGGAACUAACAGGCAGAAUAUCCUCGCAUUCAACCUCGCGUCUGAAGCUCUCAACAACAGCUUCUUCUUAUCAAAUUUAACCCAGUCGAAAGAAUCACAAGGACAAGAACCACAGGGCACGCUCGUCAGACAACUUGAAGAGAGCUACGGUAGCGUGGAAGCAUUCAAGUCAGCCUUUGGCGCUACUGCAGAAGGCCUCACUGGAUCUGGUUACGUCUGGCUCGUCAGCGACACAUCGAGAAGACUCGGAAUUGUCUCUACAUAUGGCGCAGGUACUAUAUUAGUACGCAGCAGGCAACAGCGCGGUCUGUGGAACAAUUUCAGCCUCGAGAAGACUGACAGUGGAAGAUCAACUAUAGAAAAGAGCGGAAACCCAUUAAGUGCACCAACACACACGAGCCAUGUUAGCCCAGCCCCAAAGUCACCAACACAAUCUAGAGAGUACAGCACAUUGAACCAAGAGACCAGAAAUUUGGCUGAGACAGGCGAUGUUCUCACACCACUUCUCUGCUUGAGCGUAUCAGAAAGGUGCUAUAUGAACGACUUUGGUGUAUGGGGUCGUGAGGACUACAUCAAGCAGUUUUGGAAGGUUGUUGACUGGAGCAAGGUUGAAGAGGCCUACUCCAAAUUGAUUGCGAGAAGAGUAGCUAUCUAAGCAGCUAUUUAGGUAAUAGAACAUGCAUUUCAUUCUUUCUUUAGGUUUUUUUCUCUCUCUUGUGCAGCUUCAGCUUUCUUCUCCAUUACCCAGCGUCGGAUCUGACCCUCGCUUGCGACGAUGCCAUGAUUUGCACUGAGAUCUUCCAACGCCCGCCGUCUGACUUCAUUCUCGACUGAUCCCUGCUGUCUUUCAUGUGAUAGCAAGUGUGUAUCCGCCGAGACUACGAGGCCAAAAAUACCGAACGAACUAACUACAAAUGCUUUACCAGCUAGAGUCUGCCUCUGCACCCAUGGGAAACGCAGAUUAGCGAGAUACAUCAAUAUAGCGCCAUAACAGCUGUAUUUCAACAUCCCCAUUGAACCGUGCCAUAUUUGUAACUUAUGGGCAUAGUCUACUGCAUCUGAUCUUCUUCCUCUGUCGUAGUCGACGAUAUCACCCUUCAUUCUCCACUAUCAAGAUGGUCGAUGA